AUGCAAGCGAAGAUCGACUCGUUCUUCAAGCGUCCGGUGGCAAGAAUACCGAAGCCUACGGCUUCGAUUCCCGGCAACGUCGGUCCUGACGCGGGGGAACUCUAUCGGGUGGGGACGACGAAUGUCGAAGCGUUGGUGACCUACAAGCGCCGCCGCCAAGAUGUGGAGACCUGCGAAGAGAGGUAGCAUAUGGUUCCAUCUUGCGCGUCCGUCCGUGAAAUUCUCGCUCAGGGACGGCGUUGCAUCUGAUUCUCUUACAGAGGGCGACGAGUCUCCUCUUUUCAGUUAUCUACUUGAUGUGAUGUUGUUCUUCUACGAAAUGGAUUCAUGUAUUCAUCAAUUUCGAGGGGACUAGACCGAUCCGUCCUCUCCAUUCCGUUUGUGUUUUAUGUGUUCAAAAUUUUUGGAUUUUUCUUUUUUUUUCCAUUUCACAUUCAUAUCCAUCUCUAGGUUAUUUUACUUGUGCCUUUAUUUUUCUCUCUAAUCGUCAAAUUCGCGGAAAUCUUUGGUGUCUGUUUGAUGUCGUUCAGAAACUGAGGGCGAUAUUUUUCGAAAUAUCUCGCAUCACCUACUUUUUCUCGGAAAGUACCGCGGCAGAUGUGAAAUAAUUUGAAUGUCUUCCUGUUCUUCUUCCUGGAGGAUCCGCUUUACUACCCCAUCUCUGGAAAGAGAAUUGUAGGUCCAUCUGCGGUGACAACAUUUUCAGAGUAAUCAAUGCCUGCUUGAACUAUUAAUUAAAUGGGUUUCUAUCGUUAUGAGGAAUUUUAUGAAAAUCUUUUCUCGGUGGGGAACUGAGUCAGAUUUGUUGGAAACUGAUGAAUCAGUUGAUUAUUUUCAUUAUCAAUGUAGUAUACCAUCCCCCAAAACAUCGACAUUCUAUCAUAAGCGAGCUUUGAUCAUUUUCAAGGAUUAUCUUCAUGCAGCUGCAUGAUCCAUCUCCUUGUUUGCAGUCGGUCUGAUGAGGAGAAGGAUGAAGAUGACCAAGUUCUUGAAGCUGUUGAUGAGGCAUCAACUACAUCUGCUGAGGGAUCAAAUGUAGGGAAGGUCCUCAAAAAGAGGAGGAGCUAUGCCCAAUGCUUUCUGGAACUGGGGCAGCCGGAUUUCCUUCUCCACACAUGUUCUACAUGCGGGAUGAGGUAUACCCGUGGAGAUGAAGACGACGAGAAGCUCCACAGGUCAUUCCACAAUAACUACUGCCGUGGAAUCCCAUUCAAGGUCUAUGACCUGCCAACUAAAUGCAGUGAUACACAUUCUUUUUUUCUUCUUCUUGAGCAACUUUUGAUCUGAUUUCCUUGGGUUUGUUCAACAGGGCUGGCGUGGUGAGAGGGUGAUCUCUUUGGACAGGGCCACUGGAGAUCGCAUUAUUUUGAUCUUAAACGACGACCCUCCUGGUCACAAGCACAAGGUUAUCAGCACAACUGUUUCUUAUCCCUUCAUCAGAUUUCUUCAUGCAGAACAUGUAGAACCAAUAGCAUCCUCGUCUGACGGAGAAAGAAUGAAUGAAAGAAGGACCGUAAUAUUUAUUAAUCACUGUCACCUUAGCAGGUCCUGCAGAUGGUCGAUUUGCUUGAACAGGAUCUCGGCUUAAGCUCUGGCUGGCUUCUUCAUAACCUCUGCAAGGUAAAUCAAGCACCACGGAAGACAAUAUGAUCUUGGGAAGUAGUUCCAAUCAUUCGAAUUCUUUCCUAUUUCAGGUGUAUAUGUUCAUAUCCGGCAAUCGAAUCGUUGGCUGUGUGUUUUCUGAACCGAUAAAAACUGCCCACAGAAUCGUUUCGGUUUCCAUCCCCUCCUCCAUUACCGACAGUAAAGACGCAACCAGAUCGACUCGAAGCGGUAAGAACAUGCUGCGAUUUGGAAACAUGAGGUUUCAGAGGGAACCCAUGAGGAGCCCCCCAUGCACCCCCAGCCCUAGGCUGAAAAAGGACGAUUCUGGAGGGGCAGCGAUCUUCUGUGAGGAGGCAUCUGUGGAGGCAGUCUGCGGCAUCAGGGCCAUCUGGGUCGCCCCUUCAAAGCGGAGGCAGCGCAUCGCUUCAAAGCUGUUGGAUUCUGUGAGGUAG